AUGACUUCUCCAACAACAACAGCCCCAAAUCUUCCCGAGAAGAUGCGCGCUUGGGUCCAUACAAAGGCCGGCAAGCCAACAGACGUAUUGACCCUCACCGAAUUACCUUUGCCUCCCCUUCCUAAGCCGGGCUCCUCCGAUGUCUUGGUCAAAGUUAUCGAGGCUACAGCGGCGUUUGGCGAUGCCUUCCUAAUGAACAUCGCGCCUUCCUUCAUGCGGGAUAAGCCCUGCAUCCCCGGGCUUGAGUUUUCAGGUAUAGUGGUUGCCGUUGACCCCGAAGGAGUAAAGGCCCCGCCGGAGCCGCCGUUGACUGUGGGCACUGAUGUGUACGGCCUUGUGCCAAUGAACCGUGUCUUUAAACGAAUGCCGGGCGCUGCCGCUCCUUCGGGUGCCCUUGCAGAGUACGUUCUGGUGCCGGCCUCGCGGGUUGUGAGGACGCCGGGAAAUAUUCCCAGGGAGCAUGCGGCAGGUCUUGGCGGUGCUUUGUCGUGUACAGCACUAGCCAUGACCAAGAAAUCCGGGCUAAAAAAGGGGCAAAGGGUGCUAGUGUAUGGAUCGAACGGAGCCGUUGGCCACUUAUUGCUCCAGAUGGCUCGCAACGCAGUUGGCGAGGAGGGGAAAGUGGUAGCCGUUUGCGGCACGCAAGGUGUCCUCGUCGCAAAGGACUCUGGCGCUGAUGAGGUCAUUGAUCGCCACGAGCAUGAAGCUGUUUGGAACCAUCUCGCCGAGCGAUUCAAAGAUGACCCCUUCGAUGCGAUUCUCGACGGGUACGGAUUAACCGAAAUCUUCACCCACUGCGAGCCCUAUCUCAAGAAGGAUGGGGUCUACGUCACUGUAGGUACGGCGUUCACGAAAUGGACCAUGUGGGGAGCUAUCUCGGCGCUGCUGACGACGGCUCGUCUCGCGCUGCUUCCACCUAUCCUUGGCGGCACCCCAAGACGGUUUGUCGCCAUUAUGAAUGACGACCGUCCCGAGGCGAUGGAAGAAGUUCGACAACUGGCCGAGGAGGAAAAGAUCAAGGUUUUUAUCAACAGGACGUACGAUUUUGAGGACGUACCAAAGGCUUAUGAGGAAGUUAUGAGUCGGACAGUGUUGGGUAAGCUUAUUGUGGAUGUCCAGUCCCCUCUUUAG